AAGGCCUGAUCACAGGUUAUCCAGAAAGAAUCUGUGCAAUAUGAUGAUAAUCCAUACCUAAGGCGAAACAAUUAAGCCACUUAGCCUGGCUGGUCAUGGAUGACACUCAGGCGUCGAAAUUAAGGGGAGGGGGAGGGAGGGGAAAUUUGCGCUUUUCUCCCUCUUUCUCCCUCCCCUUUUUAGCGCGUUCCACGCAGGCGAUAGGUCCCUUAUGGUUACUGAGCUUCUCAUUCAGUAAUUUAGUCUGACAAGGUGGGAUGCGAAGGAUUUCGUUUGGUGACUUAAGCGUUACAAAACUGGGGAUAUUACGUGCCUGAACAGGUUUCAGUGUCCAAAACCAGCUAAACCCGGGAAUCAUUGCCCAAAUAAGUACAGUGGAACCCCGCCUUACGUUCACCUCGUUAUUACGGCCAGUUUUUUUCAGCCCGGUAAAACGUCCAUGCAUAAAUUUCCUCAUAAAAAAAAGCGUUAUUGCAGUCACCCGUUAAUACGGCCAACGGCCACAUUUUAAAAUCCCAAACAGUAGAGUCUCUUAUAAUUUUACCCCGUUAUUACCGUCACUCGUUCGAAAUUUGGAAAAUCAAAAUGCCUUUGACGUGUCAAUUUUAUUGAACUAGUAAUCCGCGCUUAUUCUUGUACAACUGUUUUUAGACUACAGUACACUUAAAAUGCACUUGUGGCGAUUUAAAGCUGAAUUUUAAGUAGUUUUUUUUUCAAUUACUGAAUGCGAUAUCUACAUUCUGGUUGCUUUUUAAUGAGAACAGUACGGUGAAUGCGAUAUACGAUGUAUUUGUCAUUUUACGGCCCUCAAGUCAUGAAAUUUAGCCAGGCCCAGUUAUACAGCAACCCCGUUAAUACUGCCAAUUUUUUUGGCCCGUUAGUGACCGUAUUAACGGGGUUCCACGGUAAAGGGUAAACCCCUUUUUAGGACGGAGAGAGGCCAAAACUACAGCAUCACGCCCCGUAUAGGCUGAUUUAGCAACAGAACGGGAACGUCAUUUGACGACGGCGCGCAUAAAUUAAACAACUGGCUUGACCAAUGGCAGAGCCGUAAAUUGGGCACCGGAAGUCGCGUUUAGUCCUUUCCGCGUGCUUUCCCGUCGUCAAAUGACGUUCCCCUGAAUUUGCCGAAGCUCCCCGAAGCUCUCGACCAGUCCAUCCUCAGAACGUGGCCCCACCAAGCUCACUUCUAGGAAAGAACGUAGUUUUAUAACAUAACAAAAGUAAAUCGCGCGCUCUGAUUGGUCAGUUAGCCACUACCAUUUGCCCGUGGGUGCACGCCAAGAAACUGAGCUAGCGCGGUAAACUUUAGGCAAAUUCAACAAUUCUCCUCUCCUGACGGUAAAAUACACCGAUGAAAUGUACAGAUGAAAAGUGGAAGUUGAAGAAAAUACUAAGCUGUCGUUUUGAAGGAAAAAAGACAAGAGAUCAAGCGACAAAUUUGCCCUGGAUGAAUUAAUCACUGUUUUCCUCCCGGCUAGAAUCGGCUGAAGGAUAAUCGAGCGAGCGAAGAUUUAAGGUACAUUUUGUGUGUUUUUUAUAGAAGAGAAAGUCUGUUUGAAAUAUAAAUUUAUCAAUUAACAUUGUGUUAUUGACUUUUUGGUCAAGCUGAUGCUAAAUUCAAGCAAAUAUUUUAGGAAACACGCUCAAGCUCGCGACAGCUUUGUUGUGAAGUUUUCAUCGCAUCGAUUAAAAAUUUUAGUUGAGUUUAAACGGGCACAUUACGCUGGAAUAAGCGAAUUUCAUUUGAGUACAGAAACAUCUUGGUUCUCAAAUAAAUUUUUCAAAAAAUAACUUCUGGGUGUAGUAUUUUGUUCCUCAGUGUUCAUUCAUAACAGUCGUUCAUAGAACGGUCGAAAAACAACAGCUUCAGCGCCGGCUGUGUGUCGGCGAAUUUCAGUUGCAAGUUUCAGGGGCACCCGACGACAAUUUUCAAAAAAUAUCUGUUCGGAAGACGAUUUGAGAUCUAGAAUUUUCGGAACAUUUGUUGUAAAAUUUCUUGCUUGCCUUCCUCUCCUAGGAUUUUCAACAUCUAAAAAAUAGUAUAAUUGCCCUUUUUUUAACGGAUUUUUACCCUUUAAAGGUGACCUAGAAUUUUCGGGAGCCUUUUUUCUCACUGAAAUUUUCGAAAAGGUAAGUUUUGAUCCCUAUAAUUUUCGGAUCACCAGACUUUCAGCUAGGAAAUCCGAACAGAUGAAAAAUUUUUAGGGGAUAAAAAUAUGCCUAUAUCUACCGUUUAAAUACUAAAAGACGUUUAACAAGGCUAUGUUUAAGUGGUUUUGAACUAUACUCUCGAUGGGUGCCCCUGAACUUUGACUUUCAUAGCUGGAUUUCCUCAGACAGAUUUCGAUACAAAGCUAGUUAAUUUCUUUUUAAAAUUAGUGUUACCUGUUAUUCUAAUUUUCUCAUUUCUACUUACGUUUAUUUCAAAAAUUGUCACAUAAAUAAGCUUGAUAAUGAUUUCAUUUAUUUAGUUUUAGCUUAUUUUUUAGAGUCUUUUUAGUUGGUGUUUAUAGUUGCAGCUAUAGUUUUCCCUCGAAGUUUUUACCCUAACAUUAAGAGCAAGUAGACAGAUGCCAUUCAGAAAAACAACGAAAAACGUUGUGCAGUUUACCUGAAGACGGAGAACAGUUGAUUCAGCGAAAGAAAAACUCAAGGGCAAGUUUUUGAAAAACAUAGAACAUGAAUUGUUUACGCGCGGGCAGAUGGCAGCAUACAUGAACUCGUACCAAUGACUCAACCGAAGGCAAAUGGAAAAUAAUGUUUUUCUCUUUUGAUUAUGUUAUAAAAGAAAUGGUAAACGUUGCAGCUGUGCAACCAUGGAGUUAUGGAUGCACUUGGGAGGUUUAAUUUGCUAAGCACUCAAGAAGCAACCUCCCGCGUGCAUCCAUAACCCCAUGGUUGAACGCUGCACGUUUACCAUUUCUUAAUUUGACUGCACAUGACAAAGGGAUGCAGGGCCCUGGCCUCAUAAGUAGGAAUAGUGUCCUAGAGAGGACAAACUGACUUCAAUUCCGACUUCAAUGAACGACUCUGCGGGAUGAGAAGCAGUGGCGAGAAACACGUCAUCAAUAAUGUAAAAUGACUUUUCAUCCAUUGCUCUGUGCUUUUGAAGAUUUUUCAGUUCAACGAAGUGCAUCCCAGCCCUCUUAUAAACUACUGACCGAUGAUAACUACAUGACUUCUUUGUGCAUUUGUUGAACGUACAAAAAUACACAACUAAUCUUAAUGGUCGCUCAAUAGAGGUCAUAGAGGCUCGUCAUAAACCGGGUCACUGAUAACUUAUUAUUAUCUUUAGCAAAAACAUCAAACGCGCGACGGGGGCAGCAUUACUGGUCCACAAUCGGUUGCCACCUUCUAUCUCGGACUGUUUUACUUAAUCAUAUUAAGCCAAACUUAGUCUGUCAAGUGCUUGAUUUCCGCUGAAUAGAGGCGAAUUAACAAUGGGAAAACUCUCUUGGGGACGGCACAGUUGGCAGCUCACCGCCAUAACUCUCACACGCGCACGCGCGCGCUAAAAAAAGGGAACUCCAGCUGAUCUGACAGGCAGCCCAAGCGUAGUAUGGUUGUUGCAUGUGGUACAAUAUUGCAAAAUGAAAGGAAACUAUUGAAGAUGCGUCCGGGGCGGUAAUAGAUUCAAGGAAGAAAGUUAUUAGCAGAAGUUAAUUCUCAAUAAAAACAUCUCUUACGUUAUUUGAAUUGCGUGUUUUUGCUUUUUUGCCAAAGAAAAAAAAAAAAAAUGAGCUGCCAACGAUCGAAUGAAGAAAUAUUUUCGUUGAGUUGAUGGGACUGAGGGGCCAUGAGGAUCUAGGGAAUUUCAAGCCCAUUUGAGAGGGGGCUUAAUAGAGACGGGGGGCUUAUUUAAUUUAGAAAAGAUGAUGGUAUGAGUUCUCCGUAAAGAACUAGAGUACAAAGUGGAAAAGCUCAAGCACAAGGAGGUUGGAGGUCAUGCACCUUAUAAGGAUCAGAACCAAAUCCGAACUUCCAGAGUUGGUAAAUGAACCAUUCUGUCUCAGUCCACACGAAGUUUUACGGUGGAGAUUGAUUGUACAUUCUAUUAUUUAUUAGUGAAGAAUAGUUAGGGAAGGAGAGGGGGGGACUUAUUAACUUUCUUCCCCAGAAAAGGGGGGGGGGCUCAUUAAAGGGAGGAGCCUUAUUAGAGAUUGAAAGGGGGGCUUAAUAGAGGAUACGGCAUACUUGAACUGAUGCAGUACGAAAAAUAUCUUCUUGAGCAGCAAAACCUUUGCGGUGCUUAGGGCUUCGAGUGCGUCAGGUUUUAGAAAUCUUGCUUGAAUGUACUUACAGCUAUCCCAAAUUUCCCGUCCUUUGAGGGAGAAGGGUGGAAUCGAAAACCGCAGACACAGAUCACAGACGAUCUGGGGCCAAGGCUCAUUUGCGCCCGCAAGGUAUGGCGGUAACAAUCAAAAAUGCGGGAAACGAGAGAAUAUUCACAACAAAGGGAUUUGAGUGUAAAAAUACCGAAAAUGAUGGCUUUUUCCUCUAAAUUGCUAUAAUCAGAAGGUAACCAUGGCUCUAUCUAGUCCAGAAUCACCUGUUCCGCCACGCCGGGUUGUAAUUAAUCGCACUGAAAACCCGAGCGAGGAACACGAGGAGCUCAACAAGAUGGCGCACGGCUUUGUGGCAGAAAGUCGAAGGUUUGUACUCUUGGUUGAGUUUUCUUUUAUGUAGCAAGGUUUCGCUUAGUUGUGUUAUUAAUGGAGGGAACUUAGAUAAUUUACUGAAAUUUUAAAAGGUGUAUAUGCACACGAGCCCAAGCCUAGCUUGAUUUAUUACGUGGCCAUAUGCAUUAUUUCUAUUUUAUGUUCGAUCAGUGUGAAACGCAGACUGCAGACUGCAGACUGCGAACCAGGGGUUAGAAUGCAGACUGAGUGUAAAAUGCAGACUGCAGACUAAGAGUAAAACGCAGGCUGGGGUAAAAUGCAGACCGAGCAUAACUGUAGUCGUGGAAGGGUUUAAGGGCAAAAAAAUCCCGCAAAUAUAUGUAAACGAACACUUACUUGACGACAUCUGCUUUCACAAAAUCCAUUCCUUUCUUCUCUGGAACGUCGUUGACGACCCGAAAACAUAAUCGCAAUCUUGAACCUCUUUCCUGUCUGAGAGACUUCACGCUUCAACUUUAGAUGCGAAGUUUUCGAUAUACGUGACCAGGGACCGUGAACUGAUACAACACCACGAUGUUUACGCUUAAAUGAAAGCUGCCGACCCAAAAUACUGUACAGGAAGAAUUAUGGCGAUAAAAAAGGGAGUAAAUCAUUUCAACAACAAAUAAAGAUGUUCUGCAGGAAAUUUGGAUGACCUUCUAUGAAAGUAUUGCAAAUCAAGGUACGCAGACUUAAUCUGUUCAGAUGUUCAUUGAAACUUCAGGCGAAUGUGCAAUACACUUCGACUAGGAAGCGAAGUGUGUAACUGAUACCGGCUACCUGUUUCACCGAUUUGGAGAAGAAGGAGCACAAAUGUUUAAAAAAGGUUACAGUCUUUAUUCUGCAUUUUACACCCAGCUUGCGUUUUACUCUCAGUCUGCAGUCUGCAUUUUACCCCCGGUCCGCAGUUUGCAGUCUGCGUUUUACACUGACCGUUUUAUGUUCCCCACACUCCCCCAUCCACCCCCACUCCCCCACUAAUCUCAAUCGAUGAGGGUUUUUAUGGGGCUGGCCUGAGAGAUGUUCUGAUUGGUUCGGUAAUAGUAAUAGAAGGCAGGUUUUUCUGAAGGGUGUUUUUACCCAAAACAUCAAUCAAAUAAAUCAAGGAGAAAAGAAUAAAGCAAUAAAUCCUUCCUUGGUCUGUUGUUAACAGUCACAGCAUCAUGAUCAACAUGCAAUGCAUACCAGCAGCCUUUACUAACCCGUUGAUUAGUUGUACAGUACUGUUUUCUCAUUUCAUUUUGUUUGUAUAACCACUUAUUUUACUCAUUUGACCUUAAGACAGAAUCCACCAGGAAAUUGAAUAAUUUUGAUUUUCAGUGGACAAAAACCUUGUACCAGAAUAAUUUAAAGCAUAUUGCAUUCUUUUUUACAUUUUUCAAGGGCUAAAGAUGUAAUUAGUCAUCUGUAAUAAUACCAAAGAAAAUUUCUUAUUGAAGCCCAAGAAAAUGAAAUGCCAAAUUUCACAAAAUUGCAUCUUUCACAUGAAAUUUUCAGAAUUAAAUUAAAAUUACUCAAUUAAGCAGUGGAUUCCAUCUUAAUACUUGAGCCUCUUUAUGGGUAUUUCCUGUAUUAAAUGGACAGAAGAACAUUCCACAAGGGUGUCCAUCUAAUAUAAUCAAACCUCACUUUAUGGACACUCGCUUAAUAUGGACAGUUUGCUUUGUCCACGGGGUAAUAGACCUAGUCACGGUUUUCAAUGCCAUCUUGACGAGCUGAGUGGGCAAAUGCAUGAGAAAGUACAGUGUUUGUAUGAGAAUCUAAUGUCGAAUAAUUUCCGUAAAACGACUGUUUUGAAAAAAAUAUGAUUUGUAAACUAAAGCUUCACUCUUAAGGAUUCUACUGAAAAAAUUUGAGGGUGUUACAUGCACUAGAAGACCUAGAACCUUUUUUUCAAAUUUACUAUACAUUUGUCUGUAAAAAUUUCCUGGGAAAAAUUGCAGACAAAUAUAUGGAAAAUCUAAAGCAAGCUUCUGGAGAAAUUUAAGCACAGUAACGGCUCCCAAAAUUUGUUAGUAAAAUCCUCUGCUGUGUAACUUUAGUUUACAAUUUAUAUUUUUUCCAGAAUAGCCGUUUUACAGAAAUCAUUCGACAUUGGAUUCUCAUACAAACACUCUAAUUUCUCACGCGUUUGCCUACUUGUCAAGAUGGCGUCAAAAACCGUGACAAGAUCUAUUAAGAAAGCCCUCACAUUUUCUCUAAAUUCAACCUGCUUAUUAUGGACACCUCACUAAUAUGGACAUUUUCUGUGGCCCCCUCAGUGUCCAAAAUAACAGGGUUUGACUGUACUGGUUUCACAACAACAACAACAACAAUUUUUAUUGUACCCAAAGCAGAAUGUUAUAGUUAUUUUCAAGUUGUUAAAUUAAUCAAUUAACUAAAAGGGGUACUGACUUCCUGAAAUAACUAAUAAGUUUAAAAUGCCAAGAAGCCAGAUUCAGUAAGAUAAUUUAAAUAAGUUUAUUGUGCGGGGGUACAAUAUGGCAGCAUAUCAGACUGUAUACACACAAACACACUGAUAUACACAUAUACACUAGCACGUAUUACCAUAAGAAGAGCGAAAAAGAAGGAUGGAAGUUACGAAGUACAAGUUAAUUGGCAAUAUUAGUACAGUGAAAGAUAAUGUUGUUUUAAUUUUGAUUUAAAUUGAGAAAGAGAAACAGCUUUGAUCUUUUCAUCAAUUGAGUUCACCGUGGAUGUCUGACAACCUUUCUGGUUUGCCUGGCUAAAAAUAAUGGUGACCUGGUUGGACACAAUUAUGCCCUUUCUAAAAGGAAAAAAAGUAUUUUUAGGCCUGCUACUCCAAACCAACUGUUAACUCACUUUUGUAGCACAAUAUAUGCCAUACCACGUGAAGCUGUUUAAAUAAUUUCCAUGCUUGUUUUGUUUACAGUGAAGAUGUCUUCUCAAGCUAUGCUUGCAACUCAUUAAAUCAUAAAGGAAUUAAACAUCAUCCGGGGGAUAUUGUAGAAGCUGGUUGCUUGGCGGUAAGUAUGUAUACUACAUGUUUUUUGAAAUGGCUUGAAAAUCAAACCAAAUUUGUCCCUAGUGUGGUAAAACAAGCAUAAGACCUUGUUUGAGUCAGAAUUUUCUUUGUUUCCUAUGACUAUGACUGUUUGACUUUCCUAUGAUUGCACUUAGGACUUUUCUUUCAUCAUUCAACAAUACAAAUCAUGAAAUGGCCAUUUCUGUCUUGAAAGGAGGACUGUUGAGAUCCAGAAAUCUUGUUACCAUGUUAAAGUGAUAUCAAGCUUUUCUCAAUUAUUUGUAGGGGACAAAGAUAAUAUAUUCCAUUUUAUCUGAGAACAGUUUAUUCUCACAGUGUUCAACUGUCUGCGCUAUUGAUAUUUUUGUUUUUAAAAAGGUUGUUUCAUUUUGCAGGUUUUACUGAUGAUUAUCUUUUUAAAGUAAAGGCACAAUAAAAUGGCUACUGACUUAAUGUAUGUCCCCUCUCUUUUCUAGGCACAGCAGCUACCACGAGCUAAAUACCAGUUGUUUAAAUCGCUUCCACAAGAUUUAGUAGAGACAGGUGAUGAUAAUUGACAUACUGUAUUUACUUUGACCAACAUUCUGGUUCUGAUUCUCUUGCUUCUUCGAGUCUCUGGUAGUUGUGGCUCUCAAGUUCUCUUAGUUUCCUUUGCUCUGUGGCUCUCUGUUUUGCCUGGUUUUCCUGAUUCUCAUGGUUGGCAUUUCUCAUGGCUCUUCCUGUUAUCCUGGUUCUUGUACAUGUAGUUCUCCUGGGUUUUGUGAUCCUCCACAAGUACAUGAACCAGCCUCUGAGGACUACAAGAACCACAGAAACAGGAGACCGGUGAAUCAUGAUGCCAAUAAGAAGUAGGAAACCAUUUUAAAUUCAAGAAUCAGAAGAACCCACAAGACCAUUGAGACCCUGGCAAAAAAGUGAUGAUAUUGAUGAAAAACAUGUGCGACCAUUCAAAUGAGACCUCUUCAACUGUACUUUCACAAUGAUACCACACUAAUGUUUUUUUUCCACAUUUACAUAUAAAAACUCUUCAAAAAUUUAAUUUGAAAUUUUUGUUGAAUUCGACACUUUGGUUACUUCUUGAAAAAAAAAAAAAGGGUUUAAAAUGAAAUUAUAGUUAGGCAUUACUUAUAGCAGCUUCCCCCCCCCCCUCUCCCCUCCUUUAAUCAGAUACCAAAGGGACAGAACCAAGUGUCUGCUUUAUUAUUGAGGUAAAGUAAUAUGUAUAAAGUUAGAUGUCUUUAAACUAUGUGCAAAUGGACAUAACAACUCUCAACAUUGUUGGCCCAACAAUGUUGAGAGUUGUUGUGUCCAUUUGCACAUGUCUAAAAGUUUGACCAGUUUCAAACUUUGUGCAACAACUCCCAACAACAUCGCAACAACAUUGCAACAACAUGCAACAGGGUGGGCCAAUGGACACAACAUGUAACAUUCAACAAUGUAGGGAGCUGUUGGCCAACAAUGUUGCAUCCGUUUGCACGAGGAUUUAGGAUGAAGAGACCUUAUAGAGGUGUUUGUAUGGAGGGGUUUGAUCAUAUUUUAGGUGAUAAUUUUGUAAUAAUAUUGAUAAAGGGAAAAGUUGAUAAGCCAAUUUUUUUGUGUUCACAUCAGGCAAACUAAGUGAUUUGCAACUGGAAGGAGUUUUGUAUGCUGUAAGUAUAAUUGUUAAUAUCACAUACACUUUAUUAAUAUCAAGAACUCUGUCAACAAUUUGUCGGCUUUUGUAUUGCUCUUUCUUCUGUCCACAUAAAGCAUUUAAAAUAUUUGGGAAAAGAUGGAUUUCCAGCUAAAAAUAAAUUCAUUACAAAAAAGGCCCGUCCAGCUGCUGUGGAUAUGUGGUAGCAGAGAGUGUGUUAUUGCACAAUCAUGGUCUUUAGUAAUAAAAUCACUUUAAACAGCAUGAAAAUUCAUUUUAUAAACUGCUGUUGAGUUUUAGUGUCAAAGACAUCAGAUGGUCCUUGCCAAUGGACAGAGAGCUGGAUUCUUUAUAGGGGAUGGUGCUGGGGUUGGAAAAGGAAGACAAGUGAGUACAUUUUGUUUUUGAACAAUUUCAUGCUGUUAAGUCGAUGAUCUGUUACUUUGUUUAUUUAGACAAAAAUCAAGAACGUUGGCCAUUUUCACUGAGGUGCAAAUUUACCUCAUUUUCAUGCUUGCAAAAGCACUUGCCUUGUUUUCAUUUUAAAACCAUGUGAUAUCACUUGUGUUUUCCAUUGCCUCCAAACCAUGUGAAACCACUCAAGAUUUGGAGUUGCUAUGGCAUUUUAUUAAUCUUUGAUCAGUUGGUAGGGUGUGACAGUUGGUACGGGCGUGCAAAAGAACAUACAUGGUUGAUCGUACAACCUUGAAAAGGUCUUAA